AUGGGAUUUGGCGACGGAGGACGAGGACGAGGUGGUUUUAGAGGCGGCGGCGGACGAGGAGGCGGUGGUGACCGUGGUGGCAGAGGGCGAGGUGGGUUUUCCGACAGAGGCGGACGAGGUCGAGGCGGAGGAAUCGCUAGUCGAGGCGGUCGAGGUGGGCCUCCUGGACGCGGUGGCCGUGGAGCACCACGAGGCCGGGGUGGUCCUGGCGGUGGUCGGGGCCGGGGCGGAUUAGGAAGUAAAGGCGGAGCUCCCAAAGUAAUCAUUGAAAAACAUCGUCACGAUGGCGUCUUCAUCGCCAAGGGGAAAGAACAUCUACUGGUCACCCGAAACCUCGUUCCCGGAGAGUCAGUAUAUGGAGAGAAGCGAAUAACGGUCGAAACCCCUUCAAGUUCCCCAGACAUGCCGGCCGAGAAGAUCGAAUACCGAGUGUGGAAUCCGUUCCGAUCUAAAUUGGCCGCCGGUAUCCUUGGGGGCUUGGACGACAUUUACAUUGCCCCCGGAAAGAAAGUCUUGUACCUUGGAGCGGCCAGUGGUACUAGUGUCAGUCAUGUCGCAGAUGUUGUCGGCCCUACCGGAACGGUCUAUGCCGUCGAAUUCUCUCACCGAAGUGGACGUGAUCUGAUCAACAUGGCGAAGAAGAGGACAAAUGUCAUCCCCAUUGUCGAAGAUGCUAGACACCCCAACAAAUAUCGAAUGCUUGUUGGAAUGGUCGAUGUGAUCUUCGCAGAUGUAGCCCAACCGGAUCAGGCUCGAAUCAUCUGUCUCAACGCCCACCACUUCCUGAAACAUGGCGGAAAUAUCCUGAUUUCGAUCAAGGCCAAUUGUAUCGACUCGACUGCUCCUGCCGAGGCCGUCUUUGCCAGUGAGGUCAAGAAGAUGCAGAGCGAAAUGAUCAAGCCUCACGAGCAGCUCACAUUAGAACCUUACGAGCGAGAUCAUGCCAUUGUUGCUGAAAGCUGUCCCAUUUUGUCCUUUCUGAUGUCUGGUUAG